CCCCUCCCCAAAGGCUGCUCCCCCCCACCCCAUGUCUCCAUCCCUGGGCCCUAAGCUCCAUCUUCCGAGCCAUGCCUCCUUCUCUGCUCCCUUUUCCUCUCAGUUGUCCUACAGCACCCCCUCCCCUCAGCAGGGGGCGCUGCCCAGCUGGGCUCCAGACGCACCUCAGCCUCACAGUCCUGUUCGGCUGAAGGUCGGAUUUGCUCCGCCCCCUCAUGGUACAAACUCUGUCUAUGCUCCCAGUCUGACCAACAGUCCAAGUCUGACCAGUGCUGCUGUUCGGACUACUGUUCCUGUUUCGACCAGUGUUCCCAGUGUUCCCAGUGUUCCCAGUGUUCCCAGUGUUCCCAGUGUUCUCCUCUGUGACUCUGUCUCGAGUCAUCACAACAGAGUGUCCUCCCCUGUCCCCACCUCACCUGGACUGUCACCCAUACAGGAGGUGAAGAAAACUACAGUCUUCACCGUUGGUCGUUUCCAGGUGACGCCCUCCAAAGAUAUUCCUGCUGUCCAUAUUCAGGAGCCACGCCCCCUCAGUCAGGCCACACCCACUGCCCACUCACCGCCUCCCUCCAGACCGGACCAAUCAGAGAGCUCAGAGAGCAGCACGGAGGAACAGAGCGAAUCCGAGAGCAGCAUCAGCACAGUGACAGUGUCCCCACCGGGACACCUUCUGCAUUACCAUGACAACCCCGGAGGACAGGAGGAGGAAGAGAGGAGGAGGAAGAUGGAGGAGGAGGAGGAGGAAGAGGAGGAAAAGAAAAGGAAGGGGGGUCAGAGGCUGAGCAUCAGCCUGUGGGAGGGGUUGGCCGGCAGUCCCGGGAUGAGCGGUGGCAGCUUCGGCCAAUCGUGGAGCCGCCCGGGACCCUGUGUCAGCUCUGACGAAUCAGAGAACGAGAAUGAGGAGAUGUGGGUGGAGCUGGAGGAGCUCCGUGAAAGACACCUGGUGGAGGUGCAGAACCUGCAGUCCAAUCAAAAGCAAGAGAUCGAGGAGCUCUACCUGAGGAUGGGUAAAGUCCCACCCCCCGGCAUUGUCUCUCCAGCUGCCAUGCUAAACCACCGCCAGCGCCGCCUCUCCAAGACCGGAAACUACCCUCCAUCUCGCAAAAACAGCCUGCAGAGACUGAAUGUGCUGCCCCCUGCAGGGAUCAUGAGGAAGAGCUCGAUCAGCGGCAGCAGCAGUGGAUCUCAGGAGAGAGCAGGGAAAGGUGUGACCUUUGCCCCCGAACACAGCUGUAUGUAACUGAAGACAUGAAGAAGAUGUUGAUGAAGAGUCCUCAAUGAACACAAGUCACUUUUCUAUCGAGCCAGCAGCGUUUUAUUCAAAAUGACUGAUGAUUAUAUUCUUUUAGCUAUAUGGAGUUUGAAUCCAGAUUUGUUGUUUUUCUGUUUUACUUUUUAAAUCGAGACUCGAACAACAUUUUAAGGACAUUUCAGCACUUUAGGAAGAAGAUAUUGAGCCUGAAUGAGCCUUAUGUGAGAACAGGUUCUUAUUGAGGUUCCGCAGGUUUGUCAGAUUCAGUUCAUAUAUAAUCCUUUUACACUUAGAGACAAAGAGACAAAUAUCACACAGUCUUUAGUCUACAACUCUUAAUGAACACACAGAACCUCACUGCUGAUUUUACAGAUUUUAUAUGUUGGAUUUCUGUGUGAUUGUUGAUUAAAUCUGAUCUCUUAUUAGUUUGUAACUCCAGACUUUUCUCUUAACUUAAGUUGGACUGUUGCUCAUUUACUCACAAUAGAUUAAGAGCAGGCAUACUGGCUUCAGAACAGCCACCUACCCCCCUUUUGGGUGAAACCAACUAUUAAUAAGCAAUUUGUAAACAGCAGAAAGUUACAGGAAGUGGAGAUAAAACCGUCCUGUUUUCUUCUUCUGUGGUCUCGUAGUUAAAGGUUGAUUAAUGAACACAAACCAUGGAAUUACUUUACAGUAACGUCACAUUGGACAGACGACAGAAACAGUUAAUAAAGAGUCUGUACGACAGAAACUGUGACAGAAGGCAGGAAUAUGAGAUUCAGUAAGGAAGUUGUGUCUGUCAGGACACUCAUCAAUAACUAUUUCUGCAUUUUAUUUACAACCACAACAACACAACAGGAUUGUUUGUGACUGCACAGGAUUUAUGAUCCUAAUAGACAGAAAGAAAUAUGGUAUUCAAAUUUUUGUUCAAGACCUCAGAAUUUAGUUUUUCUGCCAGUCAAAUUAGAGGAGCAGCUUUCACCCAAAAGGGGGCGGGGCUUCAUACAGGGCCAGAGUACCCGGCUGGUCUGCUCUCAUCUAUAAUGUAAUGUAAAAGAGAGUUUAUGAGUCUGUUCUUGUAUGAGGUCCCGAGACUUCUGCACAUUUGUUCUGUCUGUCUGUUUAUAAUCUGUAUCCACUUACAAUCACAGUGUGCCUUAUUUAAAAAUAAUAUAAAGAGUAAUUAUUGUAAUAUUUAGAAACUGAGCUGAAGUGUGACGAACAAACAGAAUGUGUCCAGAAUCAUAUUAAACCUGAUAUUUGAAAACUGUUUGUAAAAAUGCGUCCUAGCUUCAAAAUGUUUCUGUGUAAUAAAAGUAACCUAAACAUUUUUUGUG